AUGAACAGCUACAGAGACAGAGGGGUGACUUGCACCUCCUCAGACCUCCUGGAUGGAGGCGGAGAGGCGCCCACGCCCUUUCGCCAUGCACCCAAUGGGCACUCGGGUCCCAUGGCCAUGGACCUCUCCCUACAACCACGAGUAUCUGUUCCCAAAAUGGGAGUGCGGGCCCGCAUUGCCGAAUGGCCACCUCGACGUGCUCAGUCCAGGGAGUCACUGCUGGAAAAUGGUAAAGGUGUUGCCACCCACAAUGGGGAUGACAGUUCUGUUUCGUCCUCAAUUACUUCAUCAGACCUUGGGCUAGUGCGUGGAGGAGUUGCAAGGUUGCCAAGGCGACGAUCAAAAGACGUGGAGUUCAGAGGUGGAGGGUUUGUCAUGGACCGGGGUUCUCCUUUAAGCCUGCGCGUCUUUCCACCUCUACGGCAACGCUCCAACAGCGAGGUCACGCUCAGCGAGCAAGAUGAGAAUGAAGUGGAGGGGCGCGGGUGCAUGGGGGCCCUGUUCAGAGAGUAUGGAAGCACUUCUUCCAUCGAUAUUCAAGGCAUUCCUGAGCAGAGUUUCUUUGACAUGCUCAAUCAGUUUCAUCAAGAGCGGCCUGAUCAGCGCAGCUCUGCUCCUGCUCGUGUCAGGGAGCUCCUGAGUACGCCAGACUCUCCACCUAAUGCACCUUUACAUUCCUCCUCGUCACCAGUCCCGAGUGUGGACGAGCGAGGGACCGGAAGGAGGGAUGGGUCUGAAAGAGUAAGGAAGAAAAGUGGCGGAACAGAGUCAUCACUGGGAACUUCCUCUUUGUUUCGUAAACUGCGGAGCUCGAGCCGAGGAGAGCUUGAUGGAGGGAAAGGAGAAAUGGAUGAUGGCCGCGGUGCUUUAGACGCCUCCUACAGACCGUGGGUCUGUCCAAAGAGCUUGGUUCACUUUGAUGCACAGAGUAUCUUGUUUGACCUUCAUGAAGUCGCUGCUCAGCGUGGAUAUGUUGCACAGAGAAGGAACACUGCAACAGGAGCAUCUGCUGCCUCUGUUUCCUUAUCUGUCUCCAAAUCAUCAGUUGUUACCAAUGAACACAUUUAUUCAAGCAUUGAAGAUAUUCCACUAAGUGUUGACCCCGCAUCCUAUGGAUCAUCCUUGGGGCUGGACCCUCUGGAUGGGCCCACUGGAACACAUAGCCCAAACCCUAUGCUACUGUCCUGCCCCCAUUUUCUCAAUGAGACUGGGAACUACUGGGAACGUAAUAUCAGCUUUCUGAGCUCGUCUUCAGAACGAGGAGGGGAAACUGGUGGGGAGGUCACACGAGGCUGGCUUAGGCGAAGUAAUGCAAGUGUCUCUGUGCUGGAAGUGCCGAUUGAACAGCAAGUGACCAGACUUAAAAUACUCAAACAAUACUGCAUUGAACAUGUAGACUUAGGGGCCCGAUACUACAGAGACUACUUUCAUGGAAAAGAGCAUUCCAACUAUUUUGGAACAGAUGAGAAGUUGGGCCCUGUAGCUGUGAGCAUCCGGCGAGAAAAACUGGACGACACCAAAGAUCUCAAAGACCAGUACCAGUAUCGCUUAAUUGUCAGGACGAGUGAGCUGGUCACUCUUCGAGGAUCUAUUUUAGAAGAUGCAGUCGCAUCGACCUCGCGACACGGCACUGUGCGGGGACUGCCCUUGAAGGAGGUUCUGGAGCAAGUUGUCCCAGAGCUCAGUGUGUCCUGUUUAAGGCUUUCCCUGGGAACCCCCAAAGCCAUAGAGCAGCUCCUCAAACUUGAUGAACAAGGGUUGAGUCAAAAGCACAAGGUUGGUGUGCUGCUAUGCCGCGCAGGGCAGAGCACUGAAGAGGAGAUGUACAACAAUGAGGAGGCGUCCCCUGCUUUCGCUGCAUUCCUGGAGCUGCUGGGAGAGCAGGUGUUACUCAAAGGAUUUACCAAAUAUGCUGCACAACUUGACACAAAAACUGACUCCACUGGCACACACUCUCUGUACACUUCCUAUCAAGGCUACGAAAUCAUGUUUCAUGUAUCCACCAUGCUACCAUACAUGCCCAACAACCCACAGCAGCUUCUCAGAAAAAGACACAUAGGCAACGACAUUGUGACUAUAAUCUUCCAAGAACCUGGAGCUUUGCCUUUCACUCCUCAGAACAUACGCUCCCACUUCCAACACGUCUUUGUCAUAGUUCGAGUGCACGACCCCUGCUCUGAAAACACCUGCUACAGUGUUGCUGUUACAAGAAUGAAGGAUGUUCCACCUUUCGGGCCUCCUGUUCCAAGUGGCAUUGUGUUUCGUGACAGAGAAAUCUUUCGCAAUUUUUUAUUAGCCAAAGUUAUCAAUGCAGAAAAUGCUGCCCAUAAAUCUGAGAAGUUUCACACUAUGGCAACACGAACACGGCAAGAAUACCUCCGUGACUUGGCAGAAAACUAUGUCAGCAGCACACCAAUGGACUCGGUGGGAAAGCUGAAUAAUCUAAUUUCUUUGGCGUCGAAAAAACGUGAGCGUUCAAAGGCUCGAGAGGGAGCAGAACUUGGAGCUGUUGGAGCAGUGGCCUGGAGAGUCCAGGCCCAGGACUUCAGUGGAGGAGGAACAGAGCUUCCCUGUGCCUUGGAGAGACUUUCUCUGAAGAUUUUCUAUGGUAGAGGCGACCACAUCUCGGUGCGAGUCUCAGAAGGAUGUGCGCAGGACAUCAGGGAAAUUGUGCAGCGCUUAAAGUCUUUAACCAUGGGAUGUGAGACCGUUGACAUGACUUUAAGAAGAAAUGGACUUGGACAGCUGGGUUUCCAUGUGCGUCUGGAUGGGACGGUGGCUGAGGUUGAGGAGUAUGGCUUUGCCUGGCAGGCUGGGCUGAGGCAAGGAAGUCGCUUAGUGGAGAUCUGCAAAGUAGCAGCAGUGACACUAUCCCACGAUCAGAUGAUUGACCUCCUCAGGACUUCAGUCACAGUCAAAGUGGUCAUUAUCCCACCCUUUGAAGAAGGAAAGCCUCGAAGGGGCUGCACUGAGGAGUUUGAGAUGAAAACAAUGGAACAUAAACCGGACCCGGAGCCCCUGGCAGCAGGAUACAGGCCCCCUCCUCGGCCCAUGUGGCAAUGGGACAGCGCCCCCAUUCCCACAGGUUUCCAAAGCCCACCCAAUCCACAGCGCUGGACGCCCAUGGGCCCCCCUCCUCCGCCGUUACCACGACAACACAAGGCAAUGAUGCCUAUACCAUUUAGGGAGCCUCAACAUAGCAAUCCAAAGAGACCAGUAAGCUACCCAGAAAACCACUACUGCCAAUCACCUGUAGGAGGUGACCGAAUGCUGCCCUACAGAAAUCCAUCAGCCAGUUUUUCGUCUCCGUCUUCUGGCCUCUCUUCUCUGGCACACCCUGGAAUUACACCGGGACCAUUUGUACGCUACAAACCUUCCCUUGACAGAUUUGGAUCUGUGCCCCGGCCUCUCCCCUUUGAGCCCCAUUUCAGUGUGGACAUCAACUCUAGUGAAUCUGGCUUCACAAGUCAGGAAAGCACAAUGGAGCGCUGCAAACCUGAGCCCCUCUGGCAUGUCCCUUCCUCUUCAUCUCGUGCACAGGCUGGUGCAGGGCAGAGAAGACUGAGGCAGGAUGCUUCUGUGAAAGACUCGCCAAACAGGAACUCUAAGGGAGAGAUUCAAUACUCCAGCCAUUCCAGCAGCAAUACGCUGUCCAGUAAUGCCUCUAGUAACCACAGUGAUGAGCGCUGGUUUGAUGGAGCCGGGGAGAGAGGAGGUGAUCUGUCUGAGGCUGACCCAGACCUGAACAAGGGAGGAUCCAAUGACAGUGGCAUCGACGCCUCCACACACUACAACGCUCUGCAUGGGAGUGUGCCCAACAGCCAUCCACAUAAAAUUGUGCACAGCACAGUCACUUGCAACGCCAUCCAAGAGCUCUCAGCAGGACGUGGCAGCGGCACGGGGGAGAUCAAGAGGAGAGAGUUGUCACCUAAAGGGUAUCACACAAGAACCUUUCCCCCUCCAGGCCCCAGUGUUGAGAAGAGGGACUUGUAUAAACCAAGGGCCUACACUCCUCAAGGGUACAAGUCCAUGGCUGCUGAGAAAAUGCAACCUGCCCGAGCUGCUACAACUACACCAACUUCAUCUCAACACAACGCAACAGUGCUGUCGAGCUCUGCUCCAAAGUCUUCAUACGGCAAAAGUAGGCCUGCGACCUGGCAAGUGGAGGACUGCACAUCAGAAAAAAAGCAAGUUGACACAAACUCAAAGAAUGUGUUUGGUCAGCCCCGAUUGCGUGCGUCAUUAAGGGACCUGCGAUCUCCAAGACGAACAUAUAAGAGCACUAUAGAGGAUGACUUGAAGAAGUUGAUUAUAAUGGAUAACCCAGGAGAAGCUCCAGAGAGAGAAACUUCACCGAGAUGCAGCCUGCAGCGUACGUUCUCAGAUGAGUCGCUGUGCAGUGGACGCAGAGAUGCGAGCUUUUCCAACUCUGAGAAGCCGAGUGCACCCACUGAUGUGCUGUUUACCUGUACACUCCCCACACGCAAACAAGUCUCCACCAACCACUCCAACCAAUUGCAGGGCAAGAAGAUCCUCCUGUCGGCGUCAGAACUGUCUCUUACUGAAGUGAGAGACAAGGUUCCUCCUCUGAGAAGGCUCGACCCCGGUCUGAUGCCCCUUCCAGACACAGCCACUGGGCUGGAGUGGUCCAGUUUGGUUGAUGCUGCUAAAGCCUAUGAAGCACAAAGAUCUGUGUCUCUCUUUACACUAAAUGAGCCUUUGGUUGGUCCAGAUUUGAGACCUGCCAGUAGUCCAGUCCCCUUCCAGACUCCUCAGACUCCACGGACAACUCCAACCUUCAGUGGUGACGAAACGCCAAAUGACGUGCCUGGACGGCUCUACCAUCUGGAGGUGAUGUUAAAACAACUCAACAAUGAUCUGGAAAGGGAGAAGAAGGAUAAAGUUGUGCUGCUGGCAGAGAUGGCUAAUCUGAGAGAAAACAACCAACGCCUGCAAGAGGAGAGCCACACGGCUAGUGAACAACUGCGGAAAUUCAGUUUGCUUUUUACCAACCUCAAUAAAGUAGAAAGUGAGCAUGCGGGAUACACUGUACAUGGAACAGACUCACAAAGGGAGUGA